AUGUGCUGGUACAAGAUUGCCGUCUGUCCUUACCCUCACCGGGAACCGAUCUCUGCUUCGAUUUUCAACCCCAGCAACGUCAGUAGGUGGGAGCACUGUGACAAGCCACAUCCCUGGGGUCGCCUGAGCUGCGGCAACCUCGUUGUCGAACAUCCAGAAGACCUUUUCAGAUACGAAACGCAAGCUACAUUCGCACAUAUCCUCGGCACCCGCUCCAAUCUUCCGGCCGAAGGAGAAAACCAGCAGCGCGCAACAUUUUCAGUUCGGCAACGACGAUCUUCCACCGAAACCACCAUCGUGCCAGGUGGCUCAGCCAGACGCCAAGUUCCAAGCGCUCCAUGUCCUUGGUGCACUGCAAUUUUGAAGACGGUGGCCACAAAGUCGAAGGAAAUCCACGAAGAGGCGAGAAAAGAAAUUGACCGUCUAGAGGAGAAGAUGGACAUCAGUCCAGGUCUGAGACAGAUGCAGAGGGAGAUCCAGGACAAGGAACACGAGCUCGAUGACUUGAGGCACGUCGCAUGGAAGAAAGCAAAAGAUCUAUUGGACCGGAGGAACGGCGAGGAUGAAAGCGAUCGCAAUGGCAGAACCCAAGGCUGA